AUGGAAAAGCUCCAGCUUCCAGAAUGGAACGAUAUCGAAAGAUAUUUUAAAGACCCCGAAUUAAUAACAGCAGAAAUCUUAUUUGUAGCAUUAACUCUAUGCAAUGUAUUUGUCAUGUACCGCCUCUUCCUAGAUGUGAUUCCUUUCCCCAUAUUUGUUACUUGGUGGCAGUUGGCACAAGGGUUGCUAGUUGCUUAUGUAUGUGGAGAGUUAGGAAAAGAAUUUCCAAAAUUUGCAUAUUUUCCAAAAGUGGAAAUAAAUGAAAAUAUGCUUAAAGUUUUAUUUGUACCUUCUAUUUUUUAUUGUUUAAUGCUUGUGUUAUCAAAUUAUUUAUUAUAUAAAACACCUUGUAUAGCAUCGUACCCUGUACUUGUUAGUUUCACUGUGGUUUUUCAUCAUCUUACUCGUUUUGUUGGAUGUGGAGAGGAAUAUAUGCCACUAAGAUGGAAAUCAAUUGUAUUUCUAUUAGCUGCUUUUGUAAUUGGUUGUUUUGAUUCGAAAACAACAGGAAAGGGAGUAAUCAUCUGGGCUUUAUUAUAUGCAUUAUUUUCAGCUAUUUUUCGAGCCGGAUUUAUGCAGAAAAUUAUGCAUUUAGUAGAUGGAAAAGGAAAUACAUUACACAAUAAUCAACACCUGUUAGGUGUAUUACUUCUACCCAUAUUAAUUAUAUUAUCAGGAGAAUGGGCUGUUUUUGGACAUAUGCCAUAUAAUAUUACCUCUUUAUACACUUGGCAAAUGUGGGGAUGUCUAGUGACUGUAGGUGCCUUACCCUUUAUAAAAAAUGUUAUAUCAAAUAGAUUAGUUAGAAGAACUGGCCAAGGACCAUGGAGAUUUUUAGAAAUUAUAUCCAUUAUACUUGUUUUUUUUAUUGGAAUGUCAUAUAAUGCACCAUCAUUUAAAGGGUAUUUAGCAAUUAUAUGUGUAAUAAUUGGUAGAUCUUUGGGUGCUUUUGAUGUUAUGUUAAAUUCAUCUGAUUACAUGAUGGCAGAAGAAGAGAGGAAAAGGAAAAUCUGCAGAUCCAGUUAUGCAAAAAGUAGACAAGGUACUCAAGCAUCCAAACCAUUUCUUUAUUCUGGAGAUAACGAAGAAGAUGAAGAAAGUUCCUUUAGUUCUAAUGACAGUAAAAGUUAUCAAGGUUCUCAGGAUUAUGAUGAUAAAGACAGUGUCAAUAGUAGCUCACAGCAUUAUAGUGUUCAUAAAGGUACCAGCAGAAUGGACAGCUCAUCUAAUCAAACUAGCCACGCUGGAAUGUCUGGGGACGAAAGCAGAAGAGGUAGUAGAAGCAAUGAUCCCAAGGCUAAUGCACGCAGUACUAGUUUCCACUCCAAAUCCAAACUGUCCCGAAAUUACUCCUCCAAAAAGCAGGAAAUAGUGGACUCACAGGCUUAG